AUGGCGGCAGUCAAUCGGAACAUGUUCGACGCUAGUAUCACGACGGAGCAGCCGCAUGGUGCGUCAUUGCUGGUUCUGCCGCUGAAUCUGAUAGCUCUGAUUAUCUCCCAUCUCGAUGACACCGGCGACAUCGCCCGCCUGUGCCGAACAUGUCGCGUCCUCAACUACAUGACUCUCCCCCAGCUCUACAAGAACAUCACUCUCACCUCGUACGACAAGAUCCGUUAUCGCGGCGAUGAACCAGAAGGCAUCGGAAGCGCCAGCCCCUUCUCCAUGGGCCUCAACGCGGUUAUCACGCGACCGUACGCCUCGCUGGUACGCUCGCUGACGCUGCGCGGCGACUGGCGGGAGAACGAGCUGGAGGAGCACGCGCGCGUCGGCCGCGUUCCCGACUCGUCGAUGAUGCUGAACAUCGCCGUGCGGGCGGCCAUCGAGCGCAUGACGGAGCUGGAGACCUUCCGCUGGGAGCUCAGCACCAAAAUGCUCGAGACCGUGUACCUGGGGCUGGCGCAGCUGCCCAAGCUCACCUCGCUGACCGUGCGGUUUCCCUCGAGUCGGCACCCGCGGCCGACCCUCGUCAUACCGCCCAUGCCGCAUCUACGGUCGCUGAAGAUCACGCAUAUCGAUCCGCUGUGCUAUCCUGAUGAUAUCUCGACGCUGCUGUGGAAGGGCAAGAGGCUGCGCGAGCUGAAGAUGCACUGGUCGCCGCGCAUGCGCAUCGAGCAGGAGCCCAGUGUCAUGCUGCAUGACUAUUUCCGCAAGUGUAUUGCUGCCAGGCAGCCGUUGAGGUUGAAGAAAUUGGCGCUGCAGAAUCUGUAUGCUCGUCAUAGUGAGGAUUUCAAUGCUGCGAUCGACCCGAGUACGCUUGAGGAGAUCACGUUUCUGAGCGAGAGUGCGGAUAAUGCGAAAUCUCUCAACACCUUCUUCGAUAGCAGCUGGCCGACGGGUCCCCCAACGCACGAUGUCAAUGUCAAGUCCGUUCGGCAGGACUCCACCACCAAGAGACAUGCCGAGUUCUUGGGACACUUUACUGGACUCGAGAAACUGUACUUUGUCAGUGCAUCCCGAGAUGCAACUGAUUAUAUCAACUCCCCUCGGCGACUAUUGCCAUCUUCUGCGCUCACGCCGCCAUCUUUAGACCACUCGCGUUCUACCUUGAGUGCCUCCACCGAUAAUACCCCAGCUGCUUCACCCAGCUCGAAUUCGAGCCUACAGGCCAGCAUCCGUGAUAACUACCUAAAUACUAUUAUGUUGAACCAUUCCGCAACUCUACGCCAUCUCCUACUCCCUUCGCAUUGGCCACUUUCCGCGUCCACGAUUGCUCGUCUGGUGCACGCCAGCCCGCAACUGGAGCAGCUUGCUUUCGCAACCGAUGUCUCCAGCAUGGACACGUUAAGUCUUGUCCUCCCCUUUCUCCGCAAUCUAGUUGCAUUACGCCUUCUCGUCCCUGCUGGCACAGGACCGACGCCGCCAGCGUCAAAUGAUGCUCCACGCACCGCCAAACCUGUUCCAGGGCACUCUCAGAAGCCUUUCUCAGUCACAUCGCACAUAUUCAACUCAGCGCGGACGCUUGCCGAUAUCGUCGAGAUUGACGACCAGAUCCUUGUAGACAAAUUGAGCGAGUCCCUAGCUGAUCAGCAGGUUUUCCGUCAGUUGAAGAUUCUAGGCAUGGGCCGCAAGGCCUGGCAAUUGGGCGAUUAUUAUACUAUUCCCGCGGACAGUGUAGCCCCCAAUCCAGAGCCUCAGCCCGCAACGCCCACUGUGGCCUCAACGGCCAGCCCGACUGUCAAUGGACAGUACGACAGCAACUCCGCAACGAACGGCCAGAAUUCUACCUCUCAACCCCAAGCGAACCCGCUCACACCCAGUGAUCCUCCGUCAUCCAGCACGAGGUCCCCCCGAAAGGCCAGCCAGCCUCCAUCCCUACUUGGCAAACGCCCGCGCCAGAACGAGUCUCCGCCUGUGCAUCCUGAAAAGAAAUGGGAACCUUGUCUGAAUGAUUUUGGUCCAUGCAUCCCCACUCAGGCUGUCAAGGAUGGUCGUCUCUGGAGACGACGCGUCCGGCGUGUGGGGUGGGAGGUGUUGCAGCAUUGGGAGAUCUGGGCUCUAGAUUCCCAAGAUAUUUGA